GAUUGCUUCCCCUCCAUGAAGGCUUUUUGCACACGGCCGCACCACUUCUAUUCACACCCGCCAUCUCUCUCUCUCUCUUUAAACUGCUCUCUCUCUCAGCUUUACUAUGUGCUUCUUUGUAGGGAUACUUAUAUUGGUGCAGUUUAGAGAAAAAGAGAUGGCAGGGUGUGAAUGAAAGUAGUACGACUGUGUGCAAGGACCCUUCCCUUCAUGGAGGGGAAACAAUCGCAUAGUUUCUCUUGGAAGUAAGAAACCCAGCUCCCCUGAUAGGCACCAUUUCACACCUGAGCAAAAGGAACCAGGAUGGAGAAAGUUUAUGGCAUACAUUGGACCUGGUUUUCUUGUCUCACUGGCCUAUCUUGAUCCUGACAACUUGGAGACGGAUCUUCAAGCAGGAGCAAGUUACCAGUACGAGCUGCUAUGGGUGGUGCUUAUUGGUCUCAUCUUUGCUCUCAUAAUUCAGUCAUUUGGAGCAAACCUGGGAGUCACUACAGGUCAUAGAAAAAGAAGUUCAUUGGGAUGUCUGAUCAAUGACCAGAUGAUGGCGACUCAUUGGACACACUUUCAAGUGGGGACAUGUUGUGGUGAUUCUCAGUGUUUAACUCCUUAUUUGACUGUGAUGUGAUGACGGUUGACAUACAUCUUUUUGAGCCAUGUCAUGUGUACAAUAAAGAGAAA